GCCAAUGGCCUCUGUAGAAUACCAAGAGACCCGAGCACAAAGAAGGAACAAAAAGAUCAGUGCUUAGCUGAAUCUGGAGAGAGGAUGAUCAACGCUUCCCGCCUCACCAGCACCGCCGUCCAGCAAGUCUCCCUCAUGCAUCGCGCCAAGUCCCAACCACACCUAUCAUCAUGACCAACGCCAACGCACAUGCUGCGCUUCGCCCAUGCCUGUUCACAUACUGCCUUCGACCCAUCCGAUCUCGCCCUCGAAGAACGAGAUCGAAGGGUAGUGGCACGACCUUGUGCAGCGAUCUCCUGGAGGUUGCCAUCCUCCUCUACAGUCCAGUGCGUGCCGCCUUGGGCAACCAGCGCGCAAUGGACCUGCACCAAGCCGCUCACCACCGGUUGCUCGAGCUAUGGAGCAACGAGUACUACGUGGUCGGGCCUCACGGUCACAGGCAAUUGGUCGACUGGGUGCUGGAGAACUGGACAGAUGAGAUGGAGGACGACGAGGUCUGGCCGCUCCUUGAACAGCUGCCCAGGUUCUCGCUGGCUGAGUGGCGCGACGAAGUCAACGCGACUUGCCGCGCGCUCACGGCGCCACCUGCGACAGGGCCUGUGGGUGGUUGGAUCCCGGCGUUAGGACCAGCAGCAGCGGGUGGAGCUGCGGGACCGGCAGCAGCGGGAGCGGCAGCAGCAGCAGCAGAUGGCGAGGAGGAGGCCGACGCAGAUGGCGAGGAAGGCAAUGCGACGGAGCUGGAGGACGACGGCACCGCCGCAAUGGAGCUGGAGGACGAUGGCACGGGCACGAUGGAGCACUCCGACGCCUACCUUGGAGAGGUAGUACGCCCUGUGGUCAGCAGGACCUACAGCGCGGCGGAAAGGGCUACCAUCGCCAGUCUCUGUGCGGACAUCGUGGCUCAAGAAGCUCCCGGCACUGCGCUCCCGGUCGGCACUGCGCACAAUGCCAUCUCGCAUCUCUUCAUGCCAAGCGAUCGGACGGAUGACAAGAUCUUGGAGUACGCCCAGAAGACCGACGAGAAGGCAGACGGCUGCGAUGCCCGGGGACUCCAAGCCCCUUCCGGCGUCCCCCCUCCAACGCCAAGCGACGGCGAGCCUGUGGCAGCGCCAGUCGACUUCGACUACGGCGCCUUCUGCCGCCGCAAUCGCUCGGCUGUCACGCUGUUCCUCCUCUGGGUCCGCCUCUGGGCAAAGAAGCAGCUAAUCCGGUGCCCCUGGACCGGUAUGCCUCUGCGCGUUCGAGGCAUCGAUGCCGAGCGCCGCGCGGAUCCCUUCGUUGCCAGCUUGGCAGCUCACGCCACACACGGAAUGCGGCGUGCCCGACAAGCAUUGGUCAGUUACACGAGGAGCUGGUCAACGCGGUGGUCACGAGCUGGUUUGGCAACCGGUGGCUGCGCAGUUGGCGCACGCCGGCGCUGAGGGCCACGCAACGCCGCCGUCUGGACUGGUACCUCGAGCGGGGGGCCAGGCUGCUGGGGUUGGAGGAGCUGACUGCGGAGGAAGUGGAGCAUGUGCGGUCCUUCUUUGCUCACGGCGGGCCCCUCUUCCUCGCCUACCCGGCCGGCGAGCGCAACGCCGUCAUCCGUUGCCUGCUCGCACAUCGAAGACCGGCAUUGUGCCCAGUGAUCGUCAUUGCUUAGCAUUUAAAGCAGUGCUCUCACCCGCUUGUAGCUAUAGUCUACGCGUAGAAUAGAAAUGCGGCCUGAACUCGGGCAGCUACGAGUAUACUGGCCUCCACAAUACAUCAAUU